CUCCAAGCCUUGGCCGCUGCGCGUGGGAGGUCUUGAACGUUCUGAAAGCCUGGCGCGCCCUUUGCUCAGAUCGUGACGCCACGGUCCAAAUGCCCAGCGAUGGAUCAAUCCGUAGCCGUUCUGUCCCAAGCAAUCUCCGGCGGCGAGCGAGGGGCGGGGAGUGAGAAGGAGGAGGCCAUCGCAGAAGGCGCGGCGAGGCUUCUCAGAAGCCCCCGGGCCUUCUGAGAAGUUCUCCGCGUCUUCGGGAAGGGUUUGGCCAGCUUUUCAGGAGCCGAGAAACCCCGCUUGCCCGCGCGCCCCGCGGAAGAGAUGGCCCGCUCAGCCCUCGCCACGGCCUGCGUGCUCGCGGCCUGCGCCUGCGCCGCCCACCAGGGCGCCCGCGCCUUCGUGCCCGCCCCGCGGAGCCCCGCCCUGCGCGGCGACGCACUUGCGGCUGCCAGCGCGCUCGCCGCUGCCACGCCCGAGGCGGCCCACGCGUUCACGUACAACGGCAAGGAGUACUUCGACGUCUUCUACGGCAUCAGCCCGCUGUACUGGGCACUGUGCGCGUUCGCCAUCGUCUUCUACGGCGCCGUGCUGAAGAACGCCGCGCUCAAGUACAACACGCCCUACGGCACCACCACCAACCCGGACGCCAAGCCGAUCGUGACCGGCAAGUUCGUGGGCAUGGAAGUGGAGACCAAUCAGGAGCAGUACAACUAUGGGGCCAAGGAGUACAUCAGUAAGUAGACGGCCCCUCCGGGCGCCCGGUCGGGCGCCUCCUUUUCUGCGGUUGUCUGAUUUGCCGUUCAAGUCGUCCGCACUCCACAGCGAAGAAUGGUGACGGGUGACGGGCUAUCAGCCAGCGCCCCAGCCAGCGCCUGCCCUGCGAGGUGGGCUUCAGACAAUCAGGGAUUUAGACACUUUGGCCCUCGUGACAACAAAGCCCAGUGGUUGAUCAACGUACAUGUGUUCCAGGUGCUCGACGGUUCCUGCUAUCACGUUAGGGCAAUGGGUUCCAACGAAUAUGAGACUAGACAUUCCAUGCCAACGUGUGCCUUUCUAGUUGGUCUGGGCAUGUUUGUUUAAAGCAGUUACUCAACAUCUUCACUAACCCAUUGGUGUUCGG